AAAGCGACUGUUUAGUCGCUGAACGCAACUCAAUGAAAAAUCAUCUUGAAUUGCCCUAGUAACGGUAAAAGUAGCUCGCGCGUCGUUCUCUUCUAUUUUCCCACCACCCCCACCUAUUUUUCGCCACAUUUAACUCUGUUUGCUGCUGCUCGGUGUGAGUUUGUUCGUUCGUUCGUUUGUUCGCUGUCCUACGCUGUCGACGCAACGUCCGUGUGUGGUAGCGUAAUUUCAAAACAGAAAUUAAAUUUUCAUUUGUUCCGCGGUAACAAAGUUAUAAACACAAGCCCACAGCCAGCAUAUUUGUGCGUGAUAAAAAAUAUUAAAAAAGAAAUAAAUUAUUUUCAUUUUUAAAAACCAACCGCAUAUAUUUUUCCUCUGAUCAUCAUGUUAUUCAUGUGUCACCAAAUGGCCAUGAAGAAGGAGGCUAAUGAGAAACAAAAAGCUGACGAAGUACGAAGGCAACAAAUUGGUAUUGGUGUACCAAUUAUCUGGGUUUUGGGUGGUCCCGGCUGUGGCAAGGGUACUCAAUGUGCCAAAAUUGUUGAGAAAUACGGUUUCGUCCAUUUGUCCAGUGGCGAUUUGUUGCGUGAUGAGGUUGCUUCCGGUUCCCCCAAAGGCCAAGAAUUGGCUGCCAUCAUGAAGGAAGGCAAGUUGGUAUCCAACGAUGACGUUUUGGGUCUAUUGGAGAAGGCCAUUCGCGAACGAUUGGAGGGCGCCAAGGGUUUCCUGAUCGACGGCUAUCCCCGUGAAAAGGACCAAGGUGUAGCAUUCGAAAAGAAAAUUGCUCCUGCUGAUUUGGUUUUGUUCUUCGAUUGUGCUGAUGCCACCUUGGUAAGCCGUGUGAUGGCUCGUGCCGCUGCCUCCACUGAAAAACGUGCCGAUGAUAAUGAGGAGACCAUUAAGACCCGCAUUGCCACUUUCAGAUCAAACACCAAUGCUAUCCUCUCACAAUACACCGAUAAGACCUUAACCAUCAAUGCCGAACGCGGUGUCGAUGAAAUUUUCAACGAUGUCACCUGUGCCUUGGACUGUGUUAUUCAAAAGAAAAAUGUCAUUGUUGCCAGUGCAUAAGAGCCACCAAGAAAGAGAGCGUAGAGAGUGUGUGUGAGAGAGAGAGAGAGAGAGAAGGAGAAGCCAAUGAUUUCAUUUGUAAUAAAUGGUUUUGUUUUUUUAUUUAAAAAUUUUUAAGUAUCCAUGCUAAAGCACAAAAUAUACCAAAGAACAUAAAUUUUAGCAGAAACCAAGUGAGAAAUCCAAUUUCAGAUAAAGAAACAGAGAAUAAUUUACACAGAGAUAGAUGAAUUUAAAGGUGCCAUGAUAGUUAGCAUGCCAAGUAACUGUUAUAAACCUGUUAUCUAACGUUUUCACUUGUAACAGCGUAAAAGAAGAAAGAUUGACCCACAUGUACAUCCUUAAAUAUUCAAAACUUUAAGAAAUGUCACAAGCAGUACAUGCUGCCUUGGGCUGUUUUGUUUGUGAAAACCUUAGAGUAUAUGGUCUCUGUUAUUAUGCUCACUUUUAUAAGACAAAAUGUUGCUAAAAUUAAAAGAAAUGGAAAUAAAAGCUUUAUUGCCCACACGUA